GUCAACACCGUCGGAUCCGUUUGCACCUGUGCAAGCACGUCCAGACGAAGGCCCCACGCUUUUUGCACGAGCUACGGGGUUCCUUCCAAAUCCAUUCGCAUCGUUUGUGUCUUCAAAACGUUCAAAGGCAGCUAUGCCCGAGCGGAUAUGUUUGGAGGAGCACAGCUCGAUUACGGGCGCAAAAGUCGACGUCCUCGCAUGGCUUGCACGAGCUACGCUGGAUGUCAUUGGCAAAGCCGGUUUUGGCUACGCAUUCGACUCGGUCACUGCAGCGUCAGACACGAGCGGCAGCAAAGGCGAAAACGAGCUUGCACGCGCGUUCGCCAUCAUCUUCAGCGCGGCGCGCAAGUUCCGCGUGGUCACUAUUCUGCAGGUAUGGUUCCCCAUUCUGCGGCGAUUUCGCCGGAAUAGCGCCGCUGAGAACGAUGCGCGGGCCACAAUGCGACGCAUCGGCCGGGAGCUGAUCGCGGAACGUAGACGUGAGAUCCUCACAGACAAGGCACAUCUCUUACAAGAAGCGAUGGAUGGGAGGGACCUGCUGACUGUCAUGAUGAGAUCGAGUCUCAGCUCGGAUCCCUUGCAGCAGCUCUCGACGGACGAGAUGCUCUGCCAGAUAGCGACUUUCCUUGCAGCAGGUCACGAAACCUCUGCAUCCGCCCUAACAUGGACACUCUACGCCCUCGCACGUUCGCCUACCGCCCAACACGCCCUCCGCCGUGAGCUCCUCUCGCUCGACCUCCCAGCUGACCCCACGUCCGACGACCUUCAACGCGUGCUCGCGCUCUCGUACCUCGACGCCGUCGUGCGCGAGGCGCUGCGUGUACAUGCGCCCGUGACGAGCACGAUGCGCGUCGCGGCGGAUGACACCGUCGUGCCCGUCUCGGCGCCGUUCCUCGACCGGCACGGCCGGCGAUGCGAUGUCAUUCGGCUCAACAAAGGCGACAUCAUAACGGUGCCGCUGCAGGCGGUGAACAAGAGCGUCGGGAUGUGGGGCGCGGACGCGGAGGUGUUCCGGCCGGAGCGCUGGCUCGAGCGAGACGCGGGCGCGCGGGAGGAGGGCGACACCCUGAAGGGCCUCUGGGGCGGCAUCAUGACGUUCGGAAGUGGCGCCGCGGCGAACGGGAACCGGUCGUGCAUUGGGUUUCGGUUUGCGCUGAACGAGAUAAAAAUUUUCCUCUAUGUUCUAUUGCGCGACAUCGAGGUCUCGAUCGACCCGUGGAUAGAGAUAGAGAAGCGGGUGAACGUUGUCACGCGUCCUUGCGUCAAAUCCGAGCCGCACAUGGGCAACCAGAUGCCGCUGCGUCUGCGACGUGCCAUGGUGGACUCGCUGGUACCAAAGCAGGGCGAGAGCGAGAGUUCGCGGACGCUGUAGGCAGUACGGCGUGUUUCUUGUAUAUUUACCGCGUAGCCACAAGCUUUACGCUUGCUGGUCAUUAGGUUGGAC